AUGUCUACUGGCACAACAGACUUGAACGGUUCACACCCAGGUAAAGGUUGUAGAGGUGCCAAACUUGCAGGUAAAGGUUGUAGAGGUGCCAAACUGGCAGGUAAAGGUUGUAGAGGUGCCAAACUUGCAGGUAAAGGUUGUAGAGGUGCCAAACUGGCAGGUAAAGGUUGUAGAGGUGCCAAACUGGCAGGUAAAGGUUGUAGAGGUGCCAAACUGGCAGGUAAAGGUUGUAGAGGUGCCAAACUGGCAGGUAAAGGUUGUAGAGGUGCCAAACUGGCAGGUAAAGGUUGUAGAGGUGCCAAACUGGCAGGUAAAGGUUGUAGAGGUGCCAAACUGGCAGGUAAAGGUUGUAGAGGUGCCAAACUGGCAGGUAAAGGUUGUAGAGGUGCCAAACUGGCAGGUAAAGGUUGUAGAGGUGCCAAACUGGCAGGUAAAGGUUGUAGAGGUGCCAAACUGGCAGGUAAAGGUUGUGGUGGUGCCAAACUUGCAGGUAAAGGUUGUGGAGGUGCCAAACUUGCAGGUAAAGGUUGUAGAGGUGCCAAACUGGCAGGUAAAGGUUGUAGAGGUGCCAAACUGGCAGGUAAAGGUUGUAGAGGUGCCAAACUUGCAGGUAAAGGUUGUAGAGGUGCCAAACUGGCAGGUAAAGGUUGUAGAGGUGCCAAACUUGCAGGUAAAGGUUGUAGAGGUGCCAAACUUGCAGGUAAAGGUUGUGGUGGUGCCAAACUUGCAGGUAAAGGUUGUAGAGGUGCCAAACUUGCAGGUAAAGGUUGUAGAGGUGCCAAACUUGCAGGUAAAGGUUGUAGAGGUGCCAAACUGGCAGGUAAAGGUUGUAGAGGUGCCAAACUGGCAGGUAAAGGUUGUAGAGGUGCCAAACUUGCAGGUAAAGGUUGUAGAGGUGCCAAACUGGCAGGUAAAGGUUGUAGAGGUGCCAAACUGGCAGGUAAAGGUUGUAGAGGUGCCAAACUGGCAGGUAAAGGUUGUAGAGGUGCCAAACUGGCAGGUAAAGGUUGUAGAGGUGCCAAACUGGCAGGUAAAGGUUGUAGAGGUGCCAAACUGGCAGGUAAAGGUUGUAGAGGUGCCAAACUGGCAGGUAAAGGUUGUAGAGGUGCCAAACUUGCAGGUAAAGGUUGUAGAGGUGCCAAACUUGCAGGUAAAGGUUGUGGAGGUGCCAAACUUGCAGGUAAAGGUUGUAGAGGUGCCAGACUGGCAGGUAAAGGUUGUAGAGGUGCCAAACUUGCAGGUAAAGGUUGUAGAGGUGCCAAACUGGCAGGUAAAGGUUGUAGAGGUGCCAAACUGGCAGGUAAAGGUUGUAGAGGUGCCAGUGAUGUUUUAGUUUAA